AUGGGUAGAGGCAGUGCUGGCAGCGAUGGCAGUGCCACAUCCAUGGGUGAAAAGGUUGAAGAUGACCUCGACAAGCAGCUCCACUAUAAAAUGGCCAUGCUCCGCGCACGUGACCCCAUUGACAUUAUAUUUCUCCUCAAUCCUAUCAAUAUAGAUAAGAUUCAUGGAGAAUUCACGGGUGAGGAGCUGCUCCGCAUGGCUGAAUAA